AUGGAGACCAUCCAUGCUAAGAUGGACGGCUUCUCCACUGCCAAGAUGAUUGAGACUCAACUCACUCAAGUGGCUGCCGCCAUGCCCCCUGCUAUGGAGAACAUUAAGGCGAUAAUAACAAGAGGAGGUAAAACCACUCAAGAUCCGCCUUCUCCUAACCAUGACGACAGGAAGAAGGCAAGCCCGGUGGCAGAAGAACCAUCUCGAGAGGAUGAACCCGAGAAGCAAGUGAACAUCAAUGUGCCUUUGAUGGAUGCGAUGGAGGUCCCAACCUACACUCGCUACCUCAAGGACAUAAUCAACAACAAGCGGUCAUUGCCAAUUACUGAAGUAAUCAAGCUUACUGAGGCAUGCAGUGCAGCUAUACUUCAACAAUUGCCCGAGAAGAAAAAGGAUACAGGGUGCCCCACUAUCAGAUGUUCGAUAGGGGCACAGAGCUUCGACAAAGCCUUAUGUGAUCUGGAUGCCAGUGUCAGUGUGAUGCCUAAGACAGUCUUUGAUCAGCUCAACUACUCAGUGUUAACUCCAACACAUAUGCAGUUGCAGUUGGUUGACUCCUCGCUACGACAUCCAGAGGGAAUUGCUAAGGAUGUUCCACUGAGGGUGCAGAAUUGUUUUGUCCUAGUUGACUUUGUGGUACUUGAUAUGGAUAAUCAGAAGGAAACCACCCUCAUUCUAGGAUGGCCAUUCCUCAAUACAGCAGAUGCGCACAUCGAUGUUGGGGUGGGAGAAAUCUGA